GCAAAAGUUUCUUCUCGAAUCCCAAGAUGAAAGUACCCAAAUGAAGUCCUCCCUCUUGCGGCAUUUGUCUCCAAACAAUCUGAGAUGAAGCAGUGAACGAAUUGUCCUCUGCUAGGCGUUAAAAUCCAAUUCUGUUUUGUUUGUGUUCGAGAUGGAGGUAUUUCAGAAACACCGGCAGAUUCAGAGGAAUUUGCUUAACUGAGACGCGGCAGGAAUUCUCGCAGCUUUGCUGCCGAAUCGUGGAAGACGCCUAUGGUACAUUCCUCGCUCAAAUCUUUCGACAGCUGACCCAAGUCGGGCGACUUUCUAUCAACCAGGUCGCUCAAAAAUGUCGUCUUCCGCUCCGCCAAGUGAAGACUGGCAUGGCGAGCUUGAUUCAACUACGGCUAGUCUACCAUCACACAUCUCCAGAGGGCUCAUCGACCUAUCAAGCGAACACCAGCAAUGCAUACAACAUCAUGCGUACCGGAAGACUUAUUGAACUUGUUGAAUGGAAGUUCGGAUCUGCGGGCGCGGAUAUUAUGGAACACCUGGCUGUACUGGGAUUUGCUACCGCGUGCGAGCUGGAAGCACACGUUUUAGGGCAUGAUGACUCGUCCAGGUUGAUGGACAAGAGUCGUUUCCGCGCGCUGCUGAAGCAUCUAAUUACUUCCAAGUUCAUUCUCACCGUUCGCGAGGCACAUUUCCACUCACCGUUUGACUCUCGUCAGGAUGCAGAACGCUACUUACGCGGUCACGGGUUGCUCCUUCAAGGAACGGCGAAGAAAAUCAAAAUCGAUGGUGAAGCCAAGGUGGACGCCGAGCUCGAACACCGUCUAGAUGGAAAUAUCUCUUGGCCCCAGGUGUUGCAUGAACUCGAGGCGAACUCCAGCCAAGCCAACAUCUUGCUCUCGGUCGACUAUUCAAAUUUGAUUCUUUACACUCGCAAUGAAAGAGUGGCGGAAGUUGCUGAGAAGAUUUUCGGCCGACGCACGGCAGAAGUUGCACGGGCAGCUUGUUUGCAGCUUGAAGACAUCGACCCACGACCAUUGAAACUCCGGUUGUCGGAUAACCCUGCGGGAUCGUUGCAGAGACUCGACUUCUCCCAGAUGAGCCACUGUAUUGCUUCGGAAGGUCGACCAGCAAUGAGCAAUGGUCAAAGCAAUGAAAACGGAUGGCUCGCCGGAGACAAACUCCUGAACGGCCAUCAGGAUUAUAGAGCCAAUGGGACGAGCGGAGAUCAUCAGUUCAUUGAAUACCAGCUGGGUCUGCUGGCAGAAGGGCCGUUCGCCUUUCUCUUGGGCGAUCCCGUCACAAGGACCUGGGCAAUUGACAAGAGCAAGCUCAACAAUUUCUUGUGGGAUAAGGAGAUGCUGCGUCUUAUCGAUGAGAGCGUGAGCGAACCGGCGCUCAGGAUUGUUCGCAUGCUGGCUGACAAAGGCAAACUUGAUGAGAGAGCAAUGCAGGACGUUGGCCUUCUGAACGCGAAAGAACUUCGGAAAUCGCUAGCACAACUGCAGAUGAAGGGCUUCCUCGAGCUCCAAGAAGUUCCGAGAGACCCUCAAAGACAGCCCAAAAGCACAACCUACCUCUACUUCUACGACCCUGAAAGGGUACAAAAAAUAUUCCUAGACAGGCUGUACAAAACAAUGUCGAGAUUGUACGAGCGCCUGCACCUCGAACGAGACAAGAUAUCGUCGACUCUGAGCAAGGUUGAACGGAGUGACGUCCAAGGAAGCGAGGAGGAGAUAUUAUCACCAGGGGAACUGGAAUUGUUGCUUCGCUGGCGACAGAAGGAGUGUUGGUUUAUGACGGAGAUCCAUCGUAUAGAUGCUUCAGUCGCCAUACUUCGAGACAUAUGAAUCUACGCUUGCCAAAUCAUCAUGUUGGCAACUUGAAUUGAGGAUUCAACCUGUUCUGCCAUCUCUUCUGCCAUCUCCAGAUAUGUCUCCUUGGGUUGCAUUUUGCAUUCCGCUCAGAUUCUCGUUGUGAAUUAUGUAGAAAGAGGUAUAGACUUCAAGUCUGACCAAACAAGAGAGAAAAGAGUCAUACUGCUGCUUCAGGACAGCUGUCUUGGGAGGCAAAGGCCUUACACUCUAC